AGCGACAAAGUGUUCGAUGGUGAGCUGUCCCCUACUGACUUGACCUUUAACCUCCCCGUGUCGGACACAAGUCUCCAGGAGCUUAUAGACUCUGAACUGGCGCUCAGGAUCAGUUCCCGCACGGAAGAACAGGAGGAUGCGGACGUCGAGGAGGUUCCGGUGCUUACCACAACUAGAGUCACACCUGUCAAACUCCUUCUAGACCCAGACCCUAGCGAUGGUCUAAUACAGGCUGAGCGGGUACACACUAUGGCUACACUCAACGUGUUCGCCGACACAAUAGACUUAUCCCCGUCAGAACCUACAUCGCCGUUAUUCCCUCGGACCCCGGUCGACUCUUCUCCUCAGAUAGAGUGUAAUCCUUUUGUUCCCGAGGUUGUGUCACCGAUAGAUAAUAAUUAUGUUGUAGUUCCCGAUGUCGAGUCGCCACAGACUGAAAACAAUCCGUUCGUACCCGAUGACGAAUCUCCUAUCACAGAAGACGCAAGUGAUCUUGAACCGAUCCCCUUGUUCACACAAACCAUCACUUCAGAUCAUGAAAGUCCUCUAACAGAGUCGAAUCCGUUCCUCCAGGAGGAAGUCGUAGAAGACGUGUUGGUUGUUGUAGAUCCCCCGGACGACUCUCCUGUGAAUUCAUCGGGUAUCGCAUCGCCUCAGGAGUUUCAAGAGUUUGUCAUUGAGGAAAUCGAAACACUAGGGUCUGAUUCGGUUGCUGUUACCGAAACCGAAUUUGAAACGCAGGUUACACUUUCGCAAGUCGAUGAGGAACAACUCCUCGAUUUUUCCUCUGAGGUUUUGUCAGAAACUCACGAUGGAUCUGAGAAAAUAGUUCCCGAACCUAGGCAAUUCCCCGAAUUUACUCUAAACGUCGAUUCACCGAAACCUUCCGAAACCGAGACGCCCACUUCACCGACUUCUCCCGUUUCCCCGACUUCCCCCGUUGAAAUUACCUCGUCACCCGUGGAGAUUACCCCGUCACCCGUGGAAAUUACCCCAUCUCCCGUGGAAAUUACCCCGUCACCCGUGGAGAUCACCCCAUCCUCCGUGGAAAUUACCCCGUCUCCCGUGGAGAUAACCCAGUCUAAAGUCGAAAUUUCCCCGUCUCCCGUUGAAGUUCCCUCGUCAAUCCCGAGUGAUUGUGAUAGUGUAGACUGUGUGAAUAACAGCAUGCGCGUUGCUAACAUAGGUGAAGAAUGGACCACAGUAGAGGAUGCUGUGAAGGAGGUGCUCAGCUGCGAAGCUGUAGAGGAGUUCAAUAACACAGUCUCCGAGUCGAUUUCCACAACAACCACCACAAAGACUGUGAAGAAGAAGAAGAGCACGGAGAACGGAGACGUGACAGCCAAAACUAAGAAAACAAAAAAGACCAAAAAAUCCGAAGAAAAAGAAAACCACAUUUCAGUCAUCACCAACGGACACCACGAGAACGGAUUUGACGCCUUGAGUACGGAUAGUCAGGAAAAUCCGGAAGUGCUCAUCAGUAGUGGUCCAGUGGACGAUGACGAACUAUCCAACAUUUGCGUGCGCGACCUGAAACAAUUAUACUGUAGGGAAGCGGCCAAGAGUAGUUCCGUUUCGCUUAAAGUCCCAUCUGAGGAACCUGUACCAGCUGCUGUUCCCAUCAAAGAACUGCGUCGCAGUUUCUGUGACCUGCAGAAGGCAUGUGAGUCGCAGCCUGUCACAGUCGCAACUCUGUCACCGUCGCGAGCGCUCACCCCCUCCCCUCGCACCAACGGCUACACCAAUCAGCUGAAAGCCAGAUCUCUAGGAGAUCUUCGCCGACUCACGGAUUCGCCACAACAUCGCAGCAUCAACACUGGAGUUUCUGUCAAGGCUUUAGCUGCAAGCUACUGGAAUUUGGUAUCAAACGAACCUACUACGCCCCCCAUCGUACUAACUCCUCCCCCAAACAGAAAUGUGGCCCAUACUCUUAAGAAAUCAAGUUUCAGCAAGUUUGAUCAGCUGCAGAAGAAGUCAGUGUUGCAUGUUCGAUCGUCUGACGCUUCAAAAAUCCAGAAACAGUUAAAUCAGGACACACCCGAGGUGCAAGGAGCCAACCCGACAUGCAAGGCUUGCAACAAGACCGUGUUUGCGAUGGAACAGAUCAAGGCGGAACGCAGCGUCUGGCACAAGAAUUGCUUUCGCUGCAAAGAAUGUAGCAAACAACUCACAGUGGACAUUUACCAGAGCCAUGAGGGAGAGUUGUACUGUAAACCUCACUUCAAAGAGUUGUUCAAACCCAAAGCAGUUCUCGACAACGCGGACGAAGAACCUCUGAGACGGAGAAAACCAGAAAUGAUAAUAAGAGAAAACCAACCCGUUGAGUUGCCUCCCGAUGUAGUUCGAGCCAGCGAUAAGGCCGAUCUGGGGCUGGAGGAGCUAAGUGCUCUCAACGUAAAGUCAAGGUUCCAGGUGUUCGAGAAAACGUCAGAAAGUAUCGAAGUGGAGCGAUCUCCAAGCACGGUUAACGUAAAGAGAUCUCCCAGUAUCCUCAGCAAACUCGCCAAAUUUCAGAAGAAAGGAAUGGACAUUGGAGUGCCUGAUGAGACUCUUAAUGGAGUCGACUACGAGGAGUCUUCUAGCUCUGAGGAUGAAGCCCAAGAAGAUGGCCAAGUUGUAAAAGGUUCCAAGCUAACAGAGAAACCAAUUAGUUUUAAUAAAAUGGAGGACGUAAAGCGGACGUGGGAGUCGAGCUCUGGAUCACAAAAGACCAAAGAAGAACUGAGAGCCGAACACAAGAAGGAAAUCAGCCAAAUAAGAUCCCGGCUGUUCCAGGGUAAACAGGGAAAAAUGAAAGAGAUGUACGAGCAAGCGGUUGCGGAGAGUGAGGGGAAAAUAACCACAAAGAAAGACCCCGAUAUUGUUGCGAGUGAAAAGGCGAGACUUCUGAAAGAGAGGUUUGAACGAGGGGAAGUGAUUCACUCAGACUCAGAAGAAGACGAGGAGAAGAAGAGCAAAAAUAAGGACGUGGAAGACAUGAGCGUUUUUGAAGCUGGUAUAUCUAAGAAGUCGAGAAGUAUAUUCCUGGAACUGGAUGCGACGGCUGCCAAGACGCAAACAUCCCCCAUUUCUCCUCCCGUGCACGCUCUUACGCCACGAGUCACGGAACGCCGCACUUCUCAGACGGUGUCGAGGCAAGUGUCAGAAGACAUUGUGCGAGCCAGCGACUCUGCAGAGGACGUUGUCGUUCCAACGGCCGAUAUAUCAAACAAGUUCAAGUUCUUCGAAACGUACAAACCGCCCGAGAAAGAGCGUAAAUCUUUCCGUAUAACUCCACCCAGGGACGGACAAGUGAAGGUUAAGCCAGCCAAAACUCCUUUUCACAGAUGUGUAUUAUGUCUUGCUAACAACGGCUACGCUUCCGACCUCUCUCAGGAGGAGACACCCGAUCGCGAGGUGUAUCGUGACCCGAGCGUAGUCCGCAGCGAGGACACUACAGAAGACGAGACAAUUGUCAAACGCAGCCAGACAGCUUCUCGCAUGCUCUCGCUUUUCCGACAAAUGGAAGAGCAGAAAGAAGCUUUGCCAGACGGCCCCAAACCCUUGAAGUGUUUCACUCCGCCACCAGACUACAAGGAGGACCAAUCAGGCUCAGCCAGCUCGGAGGAGGAAGAAGAAGAAAGCGAAGAGGAGGCGGAGAGCGGCGAUGACGGCAUCGUACGAUCAUCCGACAAGAUUGAGGAUGAAUUCCUGAAACAAGCUCAGAACGCUGCUAGAGCCAAAGCUUUGAAAGACAAGUUCGAACACUGGGAGCCGGAGAAGCAGUCCGUAAACAAUGCCAUCAAUAUGCUCGAGUCUGAGCAAGAGAGUAUUGAAUCGACCAAAUCUCUGCGAGCGAGAUUUGAAUCCUUGAAGGCUGAAGUUGACCAACCAAAAGAAAAACCUCGUCCCAAAGUCAACCGAUUUGUGGUACAGGAGACUCCUGCUAUCAACAAAUCCUGCGUUUCCUGCGUCAAGACCGUCUAUCCGUUGGAGGAGAUCAGUGUCAAUGGAAGAGUCUACCAUGCCAAUUGCUUCCGAUGUCAGCAAUGCCAUUGCAAAUUAAGAAUGGAGACUUACACGCUGAACAACGACACCCUGUAUUGCCUGACACACUUCAAACAGCUGUUCAUAUCCAAGGGUAACUACGACGAAGGGUUCGGCUCCAGCCAACAUAAGAGCAAGUGGGAGUCGCAAACCGCACUCAAAGAACCGGAACCAAAGUCGCCUGUAGUAAAUGGGCAUUAAAUUCUUGUACUUACUGUAUUUAAUGUAAUCCUACUUGUUUAUAUGUAUCUCAUUUUUUAUCUACUGUAAAGGAUAUUUUAUAAAUAAUUAUAUCACUACGAUAACAUCAUUAAAGACUUUUAGAACCAACUUGUUAGGAAUAAAACCUAAAGGUUUUAGAUUUUAGAAAAUUGUUUAAUUAAUCUCCGUUUUUAAAUUAUGAGUUUCUGCUUUGGGUAAAUUUUCUUUCACGAUCUAAAGCAGAACUUGAGUGCUUUUAUAUUACACAUUUUUAUACCACACAAUUGUAUAAUGUAAAAACAAUUUAGUGUUAAUAAAGCUCUGUGAUAUUUUAGGCCAUUCGUAAAUGCUUUUAAUCGGCAUCUGCCGUCUUAUAAUGUGUAAAACUGAUUUCUGAAUGAGUAUGAACCUACAAAACCUUGCGAUCGAAUAUGAUUUCUUGGGAAACUUAAAGCAGAUAACUUAUUCAAUAAAUUUAUUUGGCGAGUUCCAUUCUGUUUUGACAUUUAAGUUUUUUAAGAUUAUAACACAGUAAAAGCCAUUUGUUGGACCAUAGCUAUCAAUCAAGAACACCCUUUAGAAUCAUAAACUUUGUUUAGAAGUUUUCUAUUUUUGUAUCUAUUAUAAAGUUGCCAAAUAAUGAAAUGUUAUCUAUUACAGUCAGUGUUUCUAAGCAUGUAAUGUUAAUAUUUGAGGAUGUUGAUAGUUGUACGAUCACCCAUUAAUGUAUAUAUAUAAUCAUGAUGUAAUGUAAGGUAAAGCUCAUUAUAUUAUUUUAUUAAAGGAAAUAAAUUAUUAAAUAGUUAUAA